ACCUGUGGAGAUGGCAUUCCAUCUGGUCUGGGUAUGCCGGAGACUCUAGCUAGGCCAUGGUUCACAUGAACGUAGGAGGAGUAUCUUUUACUAUAAUGAAAGGGCAGGUGGUGAGGAGUUCUGCAUAAGGUCCUUUCCAGCAAGACAUUGCUUGCGUGGCGCAGUGCAUGUUGGAACUGUGUACAAUGAGGCCAAAGAACAACAGACUUGGCUUGGAAUUUCUCUCUUGGAUCACAGUUAUAGAUUAUACAACUUGUCACAAAGCAUCCCUGAAAAAUGAAGCAAGACGAAUAAUAGUUCAAUGAAGAGCAGCCAUCCCACUUUCAUCUCCCACAGUGACCUCAUAUCAGUAUCUUUCUCAUCUUUUGCACUAGAUAUUUGAGAGAUCAAAGUGAAUAAGAAGUAAUAAGUGCUUGGAUACUAAUUAAUUCUCUGCAAUGCGAGUGUUGUGUUUUAAACACUCCUUCUUUGGGAGCCUUCUUGAGUCCAGUGGACUACCCCAGACUCUAUUAGUCUUCCUUUUGAUUCGAUGUUGCUUGACUGUGGAUUUUAGGGCACCCCCACUUAUCCCUAAUGUGCCUUUCCUCUGUGCCUGGAAUGCCCCAACUGAGUCUUGUGCCACGAGGUUUAAUCAGCCACUAGAUCUUAGUCUGUUCUCUUUAGUAGGAAGCCCCAGAAAAACUGCCAUAGGUCAUCCUGUCACAAUAUUUUAUUCUGAUCGUCUGGGUCUCUAUCCUCACAUAGAUGAAAUGCACACAGCUUUUCAUGGAGGUAUACCCCAGCUGGGGUCUCUAAAAUCUCAUUUGGAAAUAGCUAAGGGUGACAUCCAUCAUUACAUGCCAAUAGACAAUGUGGGCUUGGCUGUCAUUGACUGGGAAGACUGGCGGCCUACCUGGUCAAGAAACUGGAAAUUCAAGGAUAUUUACAGGAAUAAGUCUAUUGAGUUCGUCCAGCAACAAAACACACAACUUAAUUUGACAGAAGCUGUCAAGAGGGCUAAACAAGAAUUUGAAGAGGCAGCAAGGAAUUUUAUGGAACAGACUUUAAAAUUGGGAAAAUUACUUCGUCCAAAUCACUUAUGGGGUUUUUAUCUUUUUCCUGAUUGUUAUAACAACAAUUUUCAAGAUGCCAAUUACAAAGGAGAUUGCCCUGAUAUAGAAAAGCAAAGGAAUGAUGCUCUCUUCUGGAUAUGGAAGGAAAGCACAGCCCUGUACCCAUCCAUCUAUUUGAAGAGCAGCUUAAAGUCAUCCCCACUGGCAGCACUCUACGUCAGAAAUCGCGUACAAGAAGCCAUUCGCAUGUCUAAAGUAAAAGACCCUCAUAAUCCACUUCCUAUUUUUGUAUAUUUCCGCCCUGUCUUUACUGACCUAACUUUCCAGUAUCUGGAACAGGAUGACCUUGUGAAUACAAUUGGUGAAACAGUUGCUCUGGGUGCCUCUGGAAUAGUAAUGUGGGGAACUCUUAAUUUAUCACAAACUAUGAAAUCUUGUAUGAACUUACAUGAUUAUUUGAAGACCACCCUGAAUCCUUAUAUAAUCAAUGUCACCCUUGCAGCCAAAAUGUGUAGCCAAACACUUUGCCAGAAUCAAGGCAUAUGUUCGAGGAAAGAUUGGAAUUCGAAUGACUAUCUACACUUGAGCCCUCGGAAUUUUCAGAUUCAUUUUAUAAAACAUGGAAAGUAUGAAAUCAUUGGCAGUCCCACUCUUGAUGAUCUGCAGUAUUUUUCCAAAAACUUCCGUUGCAGCUGUUUCUCCAACUUGGACUGUAAGGAGAGAGUUGACAUAAACCAUGUGAGCAGGGUCAAUGUGUGUACUCUUGAAGACAUUUGCAUUAAUUCCCUUGUAAUUUCAGACCGUAGUAAGCUACAUGACAACUGGGAUCACCUUUAUUUUGCUAAUGACAAACAGUCAGGUAUUACAUCAUCUGCCACAGUGAGUCCAUGUGUGCCAAGAAAAGAUGUCAGUGGGUACCUCUUUGUUCUCUCUCUCUAUUCACGGCAUUUGAAAUAUUCACUAUAGGGUUUUGACCACUGAAAAACUGGACACUAUCUUUUGAAAAUAAUUCUAUGUAAAUAAUCAGGAUUAUACUUUGAAUUUUAGAGGCAAAAUGUAUAUUCUUCUAUCAAAAACUGAUUGCAAGGCUGUCAUAUUUUUAGGGAUAUGGUCUUCUGAGAAGAGUGAAGAUUAAAUAAAAUCAAGUUGCUAUAAUAAA